AUGAUGAAGGAAGUCCUGAUGAAAUUUUCGGAAGGAAAGUCAUCUUACCAACUUGAUGUUGCAGAUCUUGCCAUGAGAAGGGAUGACAAGACUUCGUUCACUGACUGGAUCAUACAAGAUCCAAAACCCAGAGAAUUUUUCAUCCCAACACUACCCGCCUUCAAUGGGAUAAGUGAUCCCCUAAAUCAUUUCUUCCCAUUUCAACAAAAAAUUUCCUGUGAAGUCAAUAAUGAGGCUAUUCACUGCAAAGUCUUCUCCACUACUUUCAUCGAACCCGAACUUCUAUGGUUCAGGCAACAACAACCCUGUUCUAUCAACAGCUUUAGAGACUUUCGAAAGCAAUUCUUGAAAAAAUACAGUGUGAAUCGAGAAGCACCCAAAACUAUGGGAGACUUCUACUGCAUUGAGCAAGGUGAGAAAGAACACCCAAAAGUGUAUCUUAAACGUUUCAUCGAUUUGGUCCACCAAAUCCAUAACGUUGAUACUAUCAUCGCUGCCAACCUAUUUGUCAAAAGCUUGCAAGUAGAUACACUAUUGUACGAGAAUCUUACUAUGACCCCACCAUAUGACGUCAAUGACAUACAAGUUAGAGCAGAAGGGGUUUUCUGCGUUCUGGAAGUGUGGGAACAAGCGCAGAAGAAGCUCACCCUGAUUUCCAUUCCAGCCACCAAUAACCCACCUCUGCCAUCAUAA